GUACUCGUCUUUGGCGUAGGUUUAUUACAUAUGUCCUCCUGUGCGACUACUCGCCGUUCCGCUCGGACGAUCCGGCGGAGCUGAUCCGCAGCGACUGCUGCGCGGGCUGAGUUCCACGAACGGUAUUGGAGCAAUAUCUCAGAAGAAGCAAAGGAUUUCAGUCGAGUGCUUCUCGACCCUGACCCAACUAAGCGGCCGACAGCGGAGCAGGCACGCAAGCACAAGUGGCUCACAUGACUCUUCGCUUCGUUCGAACACGAUCUCUCUGGCCUGCGCGAGUCGUUCAACGUUCAAUACUCAACCCCCGCGCGCGAGGGAAGGCCGCGAUGAACAGGGCGGUUGCAUUGCAGCGCCUCGGCACGCGCGCGAGCUCUGGCUCAGGCGGGUGGCGCAUGACGAGCCGGGGCAGCACGCUGCUCGACAGCGACGGUGAGGACGAUGUAGAAGUUCCCAGGCGACACGUCCUGCACAGUGCACUGGCCUGAGGCCUGAGCGCUGAGCCUCGAAUAUACGGCUCCUUUAAAC